AUGAGUGAUUCAGAAUCACUUUCAAGUGAUAAUUCAGAUAAUGAAAAUUUUCUUAACGAUUUUAUCAAGAAUAUUUCAGAUGAUAGUGAAAGUGAAGAUAAAGAUAAUGAUGACUUAUCUUAUAAUAUAAAUAUUUCAUCUUUGACAUUAGAA